CUCCUCUUCCAAGAUGCUGGCCCCGAGGGAGACGCCGGCCCCUCCGGCCCUUACCUCCUGCCCUCGGGAGCCCUGGAGAGCAGUGGCCUGGGCAGAGAGAGCCCCAGAGAGAGAGUGGCGACGGCCCCCCCGCAUCCCACGCAGUCGGGGGAAGAGCUGGGCCAGCCGGAGCUGGAGGGGACAGCCCCCUCCGCACACCACGACACCCCGGCCCUGUCGCCGCUGCUCCCGGAGGAGGCCAGCACCAAGCACACCUCGUCCCCCAGGAAGAAACCGCCUUCUCUCAAGCAGGUCAACUCGGCCAGGAAGCAGCUGAAGCCGAAAGCCACCUCCGCAGCCACCGUCCAGACGGCGGGGUCCCAGCCAGCGCCCUUGGACCCGGGUCUCCUCUCCUCGUCCACAGGGAAGCCCCGCCCACCGGGGGACCCAGACCCUGUCGUCCCUUCCGAGGAGGCGUCGGAGGUGCCCCUCUGGCCGGAGCAGAAGGAAGGUGCGGUGCCCACAACACCGGCUCCCCUGCAAAUCUCCCCCUUCACCUCGCAGCCCUAUGUCGCCCAGACCCUCCCCCAGGAGGCCCCCCCGGAGGACGCCAGCACCGUGACCCUGACCGACAAAGGUGAGAACGAGCUGACCGGGUCAGCAUCCGAGGAGAGCCAGGAGACCACCACGUCCACCAUCAUCACCACCACGGUCAUCACCACCGAGCAGGCCCCAGCUCUCUGCAGUGUGAGCUUCUCCGACCCCGAGGGGUACAUCGACUCCAGCGACUACCCGCCGCUGCCCUUCAGCAGCUUCCUGGAGUGCACGUACAACGUGACAGUCUACACUGGCUACGGGGUGGAGCUCCAGAGAAGCCCAUUCUAUGUCCCCGUGGAGAGAGGCUCAACCUUCAUGCUGAGCUGCAACUUUCCCCGCCGGCCCAACUCCGGGGAUGUCACGGUGAUGGACCUGCACUCGGGCGGGGUGGCCCACUUCCACUGCCAGCUGGGCUACGAGCUCCAGGGCGCCCAGACGCUGACGUGCAUCAACGCCUCCAAGCCCCACUGGAGCAGCCAGGAGCCCAUCUGCUCAGCCCCUUGCGGAGGAGCAGUGUACAAUGCCACCAUCGGCCGCGUCCUCUCCCCAAGUUACCCCGGAAACGCCAACGGGAGCCAGUUCUGCGUGUGGACGAUCGAAGCUCCAGAGGGACAGAAGCUGCACCUCCACUUUGAGAGGCUGUCGCUGCACGAGAAAGACAGGAUGACGGUGCGCAGUGGGCAGACCAACAGGUCGGCGCUUCUCUACGACUCCCUGCAAUCCGAGAGCGUCCCCUUCGAGGGCCUCCUCAGCGAGGACAACACCAUCCGCGUCGAGUUCACGUCCGGCCAGGCCCGGGCGGCCUCCACCUUCAACAUCCGAUUUGAGGCGUUUGAGAAAGGCCACUGCUACGAGCCCUACAUUCAGAAUGGGAACUUCACCACUUCUGACCCAACCUACAACAUCGGGACCACAGUGGAGUUCACCUGCGACCCCGGCCACUCUCUGGAGCAGGGCCCGGCCAUCAUCGAGUGCAUCAAUGUGCGGGACCCGUACUGGAAUGACACAGAGCCCCUGUGCAGAGCCAUGUGUGGUGGGGAGCUCUCUGCUGUAGCUGGGGUGGUGCUGUCCCCAAACUGGCCAGAGCCUUACGUGGAAGGUGAAGAUUGUAUCUGGAAGAUCCACGUGGGGGAAGAAAAGCGGAUCUUCUUGGAUAUCCAGUUCUUGAACCUGAGCAACAGCGACAUCUUAACCAUCUACGACGGCGAUGAGGUCAUGCCCCACAUCUUGGGGCAGUACCUCGGGAAUAGCGGCCCCCAGAAGCUGUACUCCUCCACGCCAGACCUCACCAUCCAGUUCCACUCGGACCCUGCCGGCCUCAUCUUUGGAAAGGGCCAGGGAUUUAUCAUGAACUACAUAGAGGUGUCAAGAAACGACUCCUGCUCAGACUUGCCUGAGAUCCAGAACGGGUGGAAAACCACUUCUCACACGGAGCUCGUGAGGGGAGCCAGAAUCACCUACCAGUGCGACCCCGGCUAUGACAUCGUGGGGAGUGACACCCUCACCUGCCAGUGGGACCUCAGCUGGAGCAGCGACCCCCCGUUUUGUGAGAAAAUCAUGUACUGCACCGACCCCGGAGAGGUGGACCACUCGACCCGCUUAAUUUCGGACCCCGUGCUGCUGGUGGGGACCACCAUCCAAUACACCUGCAACCCCGGCUUUGUGCUUGAAGGGAGUUCUCUCCUGACCUGCUACAGCCGCGAAACGGGGACUCCCAUCUGGACGUCUCGCCUGCCCCACUGCGUUUCGGAGGAGUCCCUGGCAUGUGACAAUCCAGGCUUGCCUGAAAACGGAUACCAAAUCCUGUACAAGCGACUCUACCUGCCGGGGGAGUCCCUCACCUUCAUGUGCUACGAAGGCUUCGAGCUCAUGGGCGAAGUGACCAUUCGCUGCAUCCUAGGACAGCCGUCCCACUGGAACGGUCCACUGCCUGUCUGUAAAGUUAAUCAAGACAGUUUCGAACACGCUUUAGAAGCAGAAGCGGCAGCCGAGUCGUCGCUGGAAGGAGGGAACAUGGCCCUGGCGAUCUUCAUCCCGGUCCUCGUCAUCUCCUUGCUGCUGGGAGGAGCCUACAUUUACAUCACAAGAUGUCGCUACUACUCCAGCCUCCGCCUGCCCCUGAUGUACUCUCACCCCUACAGCCAGAUCACUGUCGAAACCGAGUUUGACAACCCCAUCUACGAGACAGGGGAAACCAGGGAGUACGAGGUCUCCAUCUAAAGAGAGCUACGCUUUAGAAGGGAACUUACGGACAGGAACGCAACUACAACCUCCUCGAGACAUUCAUCCAGAGACCACGUGGCAUUUGAUGGAAACCCCAGAGUGUCAACUGUCUUUCCUUUAGACUCUUUCUUGAAGAUUUACUGUUUUUCUUCACUGUAUUUAUUAUAUUUAAAAAAGUGAAACAGGUGUGGUUUGGAUGUAUCGCGGCCGUAGCCAAAUUCACGUUACAGCCUCAGUCCUGAGGGCAGGUGGAAGACUUCAACACGGCAAAUGGCAGCCGCAGAAACGAACCGCAGAUCGAGUGUCUCCCGCCGGGAACGCCACGCUAAGGCUCAUCCACCUGCAUGCGUCUUCGGGAAUCCGUGCCCGUGGCGUUUUCAGUACAAAGCUAAGCCCCCAGAUUAGGCUGGAAAG